CAAGAUUCGCAGCUCUCUCUCUCUCUGAGAAUUCGAUCAUUUCCAUCUGUCUCUCUGCUCAGGUCUAUCUCUCUCUCUUUGAAAUCGGAGAAAAUGAGCGUGAUCGACAUCCUCACGCGCGUCGAUUCGAUAUGCAAGAAAUACGAUAAAUACGAUGUAGACAAGCUGAGAGAUCAGAACAUCUCCGGCGACGAUGAUUUCGCUCGCCUCUACUCCGUCGUCGAAUCUGACAUCGAUGCUACUCUCCAGAAAGCGGAGGUUGCUUCCACGGAGAAGAACAGGGCUGCGGCUGUGGCAAUGAAUGCUGAGAUCCGAAGGACCAAGGCUCGAUUGCUUGAGGAAGUCCCAAAGUUGCAGAGACUAGCCCUUAAGAAGGUCAAAGGGCUUUCAAAAGAAGAACUCGCUACCCGUAAUGAUUUGGUUCUUGCACUGCCAGAGAGGAUUCAGGCAAUACCAGAUGGGACUGCAACUGCAUCCAAGCAAGGUGGAGGUUGGACAGCUUCUGCCUCUGGCCCGCAAAUCAAAUUCGACAUGACUUCAGCCGAUGGAAGAUUCGAUGAUGAAUUCUUUCAGCAAAGCGAAGAAUCAAGUCAAUUUAGGCAGGAGUAUGAAAUGAGAAAAAUAAAACAGGAUCAAGGUCUGGAUGUAAUAGCAGAGGGAUUGGAUACACUGAAAAAUAUGGCGCAUGACAUGAAUGAGGAAAUGGACAGGCAAGUUCCUUUGAUGGAUGAAAUCGACACGAAGGUGGACAGGGCGACUUCUGACCUUAAAAAUACUAACGUGAGGCUUAAGGAGACAGUUAACCAGCUGAGGUCCAGCCGCAAUUUCUGUAUUGAUAUCAUUCUGCUAUGUGUUAUUCUGGGAAUCGCUGCCUACUUGUACAAUGUCUUGAAGAAGUGAAAUGCUUGGAGGAUUACAUGAACAGUUUGUUUGGUGCUAAUGUUGCCCGUGUUAUUUUGUUCUAUGGCUUCGGGACUUGUUAUGUAUAGUUGGCUGUAUCCUUAAUGAUUUUCUUCGUUUAUCUUUUUUCCUGAACUUCAGUUUCUGUUUUCAUACCCUCCGUAACACUACUUGUCUUUCAGAAUUUCGGUGUAACGCAGGAUCAUGAGUGCAUUGGUUUU